CUCUCGGGGCUGACAGGUACUUCAAGGUUGUGGCUUUUUCCAGAUCUCAGCUGAGGUGUCGACAGCAACUCAGGUUGAUGUCAUUGGCCGAUUAAAACUUUGCCGUCACCAGUACAACGUGCCAAAACGAGGAUACUAUAAUCAGUGCUUUAACCGUGGACUCUGCAAUAUAUCCUCAGCAAGUGUGCAGACUGCAUGCACCAGUCAGCUGCACCGCCUGCAUGUCUCUGUGUGUCGCCCUGCACCUCGUACAAGGUUCCAUCUGAAAGAAGUGUGUGAGAGGCAGAUUGUGUGUGUGCAUCUGCGUACAUGCAUCACAAUGAAGCACCAGUCUAUCUCCCGAUGGCUGAGCCAGCUGGGACUGCCACAAUACUGCUCAGCGAUGGAGCAGGAAUAUGAUGGUGUAGAGGACCUGCUUCACCUCUCAGAGUAUGACCUCUUGGAGCUUGGAGUCCACAAUCACCUCCACCGCCUCCACCUUCUCACUUCUCUACGCCUCCUCCAGGAGCGAGAGAGGAGGAGAGAGUUGAGGAUGAUGGCAGAGGGGCGUUUUGCCAGUCUGCCUAGGUCCCUCCAUGCACACCACACCGUGGGAGGGGGCACUGCACACCCCGGAGUCCCCUCCACCUCCCUCGGUGUCCCCACCUGCUCCUCCAGGAGGCUCCAGGCCUCUCUCGCCUCCUCCAUGGACCUCCUCAGCUCCAGACCUGGUCUCCCUCCAGGCAGCAGCCUGUCAGAGCUGCCCGCUGCUGCCUACCAGCCAAUCUGCAUUCACGGAACUCUGCCUCGACGCAAGAGAGGAGGGGCCAACCUCGCCCAUGGAAACUGCAAUUGGGAUCCCAGAGCCAAUCAUGCACAGCCGAUACUUUGCAGGAACACAUCACUGACUCCUGGACAUCAUCAACCCAUGACCUCUCCACUGGUCCAAAAUAUUACUGAUGACUUUCAUGGUUACAGGGAGACUGCUGCCGGCCUGGAUGCCACGGUGGACUAUGUUAAGUUCUCCAGAGAUCAGUUCAUCCUGGACUGCCCUUCAGAGAAACUUCGCAGAGAGCUGGAGGAAGAACUAAAGAUGAACUGUGAGGAGCCCAGAAGCCACGCAUGGUACCACGGAGCCAUACCCAGACAGGUUGCAGAAAACUUGGUGCAGCGUGACGGGGAUUUCCUGAUCCGUGAUUCGCUGUCCAGUCCAGAAAGUUAUGUUCUGACCUGCCAAUGGCGAAAUGCUGCCCAACACUUUAAAAUCAACAAAAAGGUAGUGAUGUUGAACGAAGCCUACUCCAGAGUAGAGUACCGGCUGGAAAGGGAAGGGUUUGACAAUGUCCCUGCACUUAUAAGAUACUACGUCGGCAACAGAAAACCUGUCUCCCAGGUGGUAGGAGCCAUUAUCUUCCAGCCAAUUAACAGAGGGCUGCCGCUACGCUGCUUGGAAGAAAAGUACGGAUUGUCCAGUAAACAUCGAGAGGCAGCGGGGCUUAUGGCACAGGAGAGGCGGACUCACAAGCGCCUCAGCCUCAACAUUACAAACGGACACACACACGACAACACACACGCUGUGCACGACAGCAAACACUGCCAGGACAACAGCAUGGGCCGAGGCAGCCACCUCAGAUUGAAGGAUCGGUGUGGAAGCCAACCAGCAAGUCUCAAUCAGGUCCAAGAGAGGCGCCGCCCGCUCAAGGCGCACCAAUCGGAAAGUUACCUGCCUCUCGGAUCUAAAUCACAGCCCCAGCAGCCUCCUGACCCUCACCUCCAAAGCCCCAACCCCAAAUCUCCAGUCUUUCGGACGGGCAGUGAGCCGACACUGAGCCCCUCUGUCCCACGGAGGUCUGCAGAGCUUCUGGCAGGCCAGGCCAUCCGGGGCUCCGACAGCCAGCUGUGUCCUAAACCUCCUCCCAAACCCAGCAAGGUGCCGGUGGCUCGACUGCCUCGCUCCCCCUGCCUUCAACCACUGGUUCCCCCAUCCAGCUCCUCCAACCUCACAGACUCCACCUCUUCCAGGCUACCUGCACCUCCCCUGGAUGCCACAAGUGUAGAGACUCUUGGUUCUGCGUGGAGGAGUGGAGCCACCGCAGGCCCUCCUGUUCCUCCAGUCAAACCCUUGAAGUUUCAUCAUCAACUCCUGCAUCCAGACUCUGCCGAAAUGGGUCAGUAUUCAGAUUCAGAGGCAAAAACAGGACGAACUGAACUGCUGCAACAGAGUCCUGCAGACCUGAGGUCCUGCAGCCCGCUGGAGUGGGAGGAAUCAAAAUAUAACCCCAUCACAGUCGACACCCUCCAACUUCAGCCUCCGUUCUGCAGCUACGUGGAGAGACUGAGGAGAGAGGGGGACGGAGGGAGAGAGGAGGAGGGGCAGGAGGAGAAAGAGAUGGGAGGAAAGAGAGGACUGGACAGAAGCUCCUACCAUCACGCCAUCGCCGCCUUAGAAAACACCAGCGAAGAUGAGGAAGAGGAGGGCGAAGACGAGAGGAGGGAAAGGGAGGGGAGCAGUUUCCAGCGGCCCGUCGUAGAGACAGAGUCGACGUUCCAGCCGGCAGAGUUCGGAUCUCGACUAUUGCCGCCGGAAAACAAACCGCUGGAGAUGGUGGUUCUAAAGAGAGCGAAGGAGCUGCUACUCAGCCACAAUCACCACAGUAUAGCCAAACACCUGCUGAUGGCCGACUGCCAGGUUGCCAGGAUACUCGGAGUGACUCCAGAGCUUAAAGGUCAGAUGGGCGUGUCCUCCGGUCUGGAGCUGGUGACGCUGCCGCACGGUCGACAGCUGAGGCUGGACCUGAUGGAAAGGCACCACACCAUGGCGAUAGGCGUUGCUGUGGAUAUUCUGGGAUGUACGGGCAGCGUGGAGGAGCGGGCGUCCACCUUAAAUCGCAUCAUCCUGGUCGCGUUGGAGCUGAAGGACACAGUGGGUGACCUGUUCGCUUUCACGGCCCUGAUGAAGGCUCUGGAUCUGCCGCAGAUCAGUCGUUUGGAGGAAACAUGGACGACUCUACGAAGAAACUACACACAGACCGCCAUCAGCUAUGAGAAAACACUCAAACCUUUCUACAAGAAUCUGUACGAGGGCACAGCUUCCUCUCCUCCGGUGGUCUGCAUGCCCCUCCUGCUGCCCCUCCUCACUUUGAUGGAGCGUCCGUCAAUCACACCGGAGGGGGCGGAGCUCUGGGAGACCAGCGACCAGGGCUGCGACAUCAUGCUGCGCCACCUAGAGGCUGCACGUGAUGUCGCACAGAACGCACCCAGCUACACGACCAACGCACAGACAAUCUUACAAGGGUUCCCGUGCGACGAAGACCUGCUGGAGGUGUUUAAAACAGACUUUCAGCUGCGGCUGCUGUGGGGAAGCCGUGGCGCUUCAGUCAACCAGUCCGAUCGCUACAACAAAUUCAACCUCAUCCUCACUGCGUUGUCACGGAAACUGGAGCCCCCACCCAAAACACAAACCUUAAUCUGACUUCACCUGAGCAACAACUCGCAUACUGACACCCUUUGGACUUCAGCAGAACGUCAGGUGGAUGAGAAGCUAAAGAAAACCUAACAAGGCAGAAAGAUUCAAAAAGUGAUCAGAGAACCAGAUGUUGUCAAAAUCCAACUUCACCUAUAGACUCUGUCCUGCAGCCGCUCAGAAGUAACCAUAACUUUGCAACCAUAACUUUUCACAGUCGUCUUAAUUGACAAACAAAUGCCGGUUUGGUUCCAGACUUUGCUUCUUUUAAUCAUUUAAUAUUUCACAACAUCGGUUAAAGGAGAAGUCUGUCUUUUAUGGUCCGGGGGGCACCUGCAACUUCGGCUGCAGUUCAUUUAAGAGUCUCUGCACAAUUUACGGUCUAAAAUUUAACAGUCACAUAACAAUGUUAAGGUAAUGACAAACCCACAAAAUGUUAACAAGCCUUCAUCAGAGCACCACAGACAGACUAUAGAGGAUAAACAAAUCGUCUAGUCUUCUGAGCGCUUUUACACAAGUCACGCUGAUAGCGGUUCAGCAUCUUGCACAAGGACACUUCAACAUGCAGACAGUGGGGGAUUGAACCGCCGAUCACAAUUAAUAAUCAAACCCCCACUGUUGACUUUUCUGUCAGUAGUGGGGAUGAUGCUACCAGAUCUUUGGCUGUCAUGAGCCUAAAUCAUUAAAGAGCCUGUUCUCUUUAAACCUAGCCUAUAAUAUAAAAUUAACCAAAGUUGGACAUACUGGAUGUUGUUAUUUCACUGGACUUUGAUAACAACUAUCAAUUGUUUGUAUCACUUUUACUCACUUAUUUCCAUUGCUGAGAUCAGGAGGUGCAGCAGCCACAGGUCACAAAAUGCUGUUCUGGUGACAAAUGGUGAAAUAUGCCGCUUGGUCACAUUUAAACUAGCAUUACCUUUGUAAAAGGGAGCAACUGAUAUUCAUGUGACAACAGAGCAGGCUUAAGGGAGAUGUUGAUUUGGAACUGUUGCUCUUUUUCCUGAACUGGCACUUUAUUCUGACAUUCCAGUUAAUGAAGAGCAUAUUUCUUCAACAAGACUAAAGGAGAAGAACAGCUCUACAUCUUACGACAAGUACAUUGUGAGUAAAAUGUCAGGAUGUUCCCCUGAAAAUGUAAAUUUACGUGUACACUUUAAGGAAAGAAAAAAAAAAAAAGGAGGGGGGAAUGAGGGAGGAACUGUACCUUCAAAGUAAACGUCUGUGUAUAAUGUCCAGAUAUAAAUAAUAAGUGUAUUUAACAGUUACCAUGAGAUUGCUGGCUGCAUUUCUCUGUUUGACCAUUGAUAUAAAACCACCUUUGCUAAGAUAAGGUAUGAACAGUAAGAUAUAGCAAGGUCCCUAUGAGGUGGCUUUCAGAAAUCAUGAUCUAAAGCAAAUAUUUUCCAACUGUAAUCCAAGAGCAGAAAAUCUGAUUCAAACUCUUUGUACAUGUGUAAAUGUAGCUACCUGAACCAAGUGUCAUCAUUUUUAUUUUUUUCUGCAUAAACCUAAAUGAAUUGAUUUAAAAAACAGAAGUAUGUUAACAUGUGAGAGACAAAAGUUGUAAAUUGUUGAAAUAUUCACAUGUUAAUAAUGGCCUGUACAUAUUUUCCUGUAGAAGACUGACUGUAAAAAAACAAAACAAAAAGAUUUUAAUGUUUAUAUUAUUAUGAACUACUGUGGUAAGAUUGAAUAAAUAUGGCGUACAGACGUUAACUUUUUGUCACAUGAUUAAUAAUGCAGCAGAUGUAGACUAGACAUGUACUUCACUUCUGCCAGAUGUUGUCUGUUAUUUUACGUUUGAUUUCACAAUAUUAAACUAAAGGUCACUCACAGG